AGUGUGCACGUGUGACCUUACCCUUGCCUCACCUAGGGGCGCCUGGCUUACGUGGGAUCUGGAGAGUACAGCAUGGGUCCUUAGGCUUCGCAGGCAAGCGCCUUAACCUCUAAGACUUCUCUCCAGCCCUGAAACAUGAUUCUUCCCCCGCCUCCGCUCCCCAGGAUCCACAUCCUGUCUCUCACUUCCAGAGGUCCACGAUGCCCACAUCAGCGACAACUUUGGGAAUGUUGAAAAUCCCUUCAGAGUCUUUUCUUCCCACUUCGUUCUUCCGGGUGACAAGGAUGAUCGUUUCUCAUUCUCCGUCCUUUGGCUGAGGGUAGCCACCACCGCCACACCCCCCUCGGAACUGAAGCGCCAGGGCUGUGGGUGUUUCUCUAAAAGGUCACCCUGCCGCGCCAGACCGGCAGCUUCCGUUUUCGCAGCGGAAGAGGCGUGUCUCGGUCUCCAGUCUGGCCAUGUCCACGAACAAUAUGUCGGAUCCGAGAAGACCGAACAAAGUGCUGAGGUAUAAGCCCCCACCGAGCGAGUGUAACCCGGCUCUGGACGACCCGACGCCCGACUACAUGAACCUGCUGGGCAUGAUCUUCAGCAUGUGCGGCCUCAUGCUUAAGCUGAAGUGGUGCGCUUGGGUGGCAGUCUACUGCUCCUUCAUCAGCUUUGCCAACUCCCGGAGCUCGGAAGACACUAAGCAGAUGAUGAGCAGCUUCAUGCUGUCCAUUUCUGCUGUGGUGAUGUCUUACCUGCAGAAUCCUCAGCCCAUGACACCUCCCUGGUGAUGGCACCUAGAAGGGGUUGGAUCCUGGACUCCUGUGCACCUCCUGUGAGGCCUAGCCUGCCUCCGUGUCUUGUCCUGAGCUGCUGUCCUAGAUUUCCACGACUGAGGUGGUCUGUGCCCCCACCCGCAGCUGA